AUGGAACUCAUUUUUCAAGAAAAUGCUAAAAAAUAUAUUCAAUCAAAACUAAUAACAAACAAAAAAACAACCAAUUAUAUGCAUUAUAUUGGAUCACAGACUGAUUAUCGAGAGGAAUCAACACAAACCGAUCCAUUUUCACCGACAUAUACCAUCUCUGGUGGUGAACAUCCUGAAGUAUUUGCUCUAUCUGACUUUACUUAUGGUAAAGGUUUACCAGUAACAUCUGUCGAAAUUUCUUUUAUCGAACGUUUACGAGCUCGUCGUGAAUGGGAAAAAGAUCAUACAAUAGAUAUGACUCGUACUAAAAUAAUUAUUGAACGUGAAAUACGUCAAUGGCAAAUACGUGAAAAAGAAAUCAAAAUGUUACAAGAUACACAUCUUAAAUUAUUCACAAAAAAUCUUCAUACUUAUAUUAAAACUGAUCAAGAUCUUACACACAAUAUCAUUGAUCUAUUUAUAUACCGACAAGAAAAACAAUUGAAAUCACAGCAUGAACGACUUGAAAUUGAAACAUCUCGAGGUGCUUAA